UUCUACCCGCUGCAGCGGAACCGGGCCCCGCGUCCCAGACCGGCCCGCCCGCCCUCCGUCAUGGUGCACCGCAUCGCGACUCCGCAUCCUGCCCGCCCGGCGCGCCAGCAUCCCUCAGCCGAGGGGCGGCGGUCACCGUGAGAGGCACCGCUUGCAGGGCCGGGCAGCCCCGGCGCCGCAGGGAGGACAAGACGCUCUCCGCUCCCGCUGACCUGUUGAAGGACCGGGCUCACUGGGGUUUCCUUUGUCUUGCGGUUUCUUGUUUUUUUCUUUUUUUUCUUUUUUUCUUCUCGACGAGGGAAGUUUGUUCCCUAGAUUGUGGCCCGGCUUCCUCCACACCCUUUCCUCCUCCUCCUCUUCCUCCUUUUUUCCAGGAUCCGCUGCUUGGGGCCAGAAAUUAUUUCCCUCGUAACCUGUAGCCCCGACCCCAGCCCCCAGCCGCCGCCAGCGCUGGAGCUGGGGACACCCUCCUGUCUCCCCCACCUCCUCCCGCAGGUCCUGCCCACGAGCUCCGGGCUUGCCCGCUCCCUCGGGGCGGUGGGGCGGCCCCGAGGAGGGCUGUAGCCCCUUGGCGGUGGGGUGUCCCCGGGCUGCCGGGCCGCCACCAUGUCGAAAGUGGCAGCGGAAAGUUGCGGGGCGGCGCCGGCCGAGGACUUGUCCAAGGUGUCGGACGAGGAGCUGCUCAAGUGGAGCAAGGAGGAGCUGAUCCGCAGCCUCCGCCGAGCCGAGGCUGAGAAGAUGAGCGCGAUGCUGGACCACAGCAACCUUAUCCGCGAGGUGAACCGCCGCCUCCAGCUCCACCUCGGCGAGAUCCGCGGCUUGAAGGAUAUCAACCAAAAGCUGCAAGAAGAUAACCAAGAAUUAAGAGACCUUUGCUGCUUUCUUGAUGAUGACAGGCAGAAGGGCAAGAAAGUGUCCCGUGAAUGGCAGAGACUGGGCCGAUUCAGUGCUAGUAUUAUGCACAAAGAGGUUGCUUUAUACUUACAGAAGCUGAAAGAACUGGAGGUUCGACAAGAAGAAGUGGUUAAGGAAAACCUGGAGCUGAAAGAAUUGUGUGUGUUGCUGGAUGAGGAAAAGAGUGGUGGAGCAGGCAGCCGGAGCUCUAUCGACAGCCAAAUCAGCCUGUGCCAGCUGACCACUGCGAGUACUUACAUUAGAGAUGUUGGGGAUGGGAGCAGUACUUCCAGCACAGGAAGUACAGACAGUCCUGACCAUCAUAAACAUCAUCCGAGUACUAGUCCAGAGCAUCUUCAAAAAACUCGGGGUGAAGGAAGCCCUGAGCACCAGAAACACAGGAGUAUCAGCCCAGAACACCUGCAGAAGCCUAGGAGUUCUGGUAGUCCUGAUCAUCACCUGAAAGGACCAAGUCCAGAACACCACAAAACCCUUGUCAAAGCACCUGAACAACAAAAGCACAGCAGCAGCAGCCCAGAAACUCUCCCAAAGCACAUUUUGAGUAGUAGUCCUGAACACUUUUCAAAGCAGAGGCCGGGUAGUAGCCCUGAGCAUCAAAAGCACAGAAGUGGCAGCCCAGAUCAUCUUCAAAAGCACACACCAAGUGGAAGUACAGAACAUCUCCACAAAGUGAGGGGUACGAGCCCUGAGCAUCUCAAACAACACUAUGGAGGAAGCCCAGAGCAUCUCAAACAUCUCAGUGGGGGCAGCAGAGAAGGUACCCUCAGGAGACAAGUAACAGAUGACCUGUCACCUCACCACAGAAGUAUAUACAAUGGAAUGAACGAAUCAACCUUGUCCUAUGUUAGGCAGCUGGAGGCAAGAGUAAGACAGCUGGAGGAGGAAAAUCGCAUGCUGCCCCAGGAUCCCAUUAGGAUGCCAGGAGGGGCGGAGGGGAGUUACUGCUCUGCAAACGAGCCAGCUAGCGUCAGUGGACAUGGCUCAGCCUCUCAGCAGUCUGACUCAGUGGUAAAUGCUCUGAAGGUUGUGUGGAGGAAACUUGGAGAUGCUGCAGGGUCGUGCCCUGGAAUUAGACAACAUUUGUCAGGAAAUCAAUAUAAAGGACCUAUGUAAAAGGCCCUGAGCAAGUCCUGUCUCAGAAGAUAAAGUGUUUGAACUGCCGAUUAGACAGAAAGAACUGAUUGUGCCCACCGCGACUUCUCAGAUGGUGAUGGGAUGUCUGUAUGCACUACACAAGACUUUGUUGGAAACCAGUGGAGAUUCUGCACAGAGGUCUUUUAGAGGAGCCCUGUGGUCAGUGUUCCUGAAUACUGCUGUUUUGGUACACUGGCUAGUGAAACGCUGCUGCUGCAUCGGCACUUCAACAAACCACACUUAGAAACACUGAGGUAUUUCCAUCCUAACUAAAAUAGAAUUAGGAUUCUGCAGGAGUUACAUGAAAUAAGUUUUAUUUUGCUUAGUUACAUGAAUCUCUAGGUUCUAGUCUGAAUGAAUUUUCCACUGCAUUUAACAGAGGUUUUUCACCAGACUGGAGAGACAUUGAUAAACUGUGCCUUUGGUGUCUGCGGCUUUGAGAAAGUCACUUCUUGGUUACUCACACUUCAGUCUGUAAAAUAUUGGCUAAUGGUGCUUAGGCAAUUUCCAGAUGAUUUUUUUGCUUUGGUAGAAUACCUGCCUUUGGAGGUGCUAGAAGACCAUGAAGUCUCCCAACCAGCCAGUAGUGUAGCAUAACUACAGUACUUGUAGUGAAACGCAAUUUCUUUCUAAAUGAAAGUAAAGCCAGCUUUCUUUUCCAUUCACUUUGGUGCACAUCUUCUGAAGAUGUGUAUAAUGUGCACAGCCCUUUAAUGAACAGACUAAAGUAUCACCAUUGCAAGUCUCAAAUCAGAAUUUCCAUCAGAGUUGGUUUUUGGAAAGUAUUUUCCAAUUGUCAGGAUGCUAAUUUCUACUGUUUAAUUUAGAGACACGCUGGUGUAUUUAAAAAGAGCCUAUAAGGAUCUAAAAGAUUGCACUGCAUUAUAAAAAAAAAGCUUUUCUCGCUACUGUAGCGUUCCCCCCCCCCAAAAAGGUUUAUUAUAAUCAGAGCAUGUCUUUCAUUACUAUAAGGCAGAAAGCUCUUGUUCAGAUUGCCUGAGAUUUGACCAGACAGCACCCUAGCUGUGCUUAGUUUAUUUUUAUCUAUGUGUAUGAUACUAGUUGUGUGUAUUGAACUGCAAUGAUAGGUAUUUUGUGUAUAUCUAAAAGCAAUGAUAGUUUCAUGUAUGAAUGUGCAACAGGCUUGUGACUGAAUACUGUUGCUUAACUUUUUACUGUAGCUAAGCAUCAAAAAGACUAAUAAAAGUUUAAAAAAAAUAGGAAUGCAACAAUUCCUGGGUUUCUGGUUUGUUCUUGGUUAGUAAGAUUUUAGCUCAAGUCAGAACCUCUGUUUUUUCUGAGCUUGCAACAUGCUGUAUUUGUGGGCUAUUUGCAGUGGAAUGUAGCUUGGUCACUGUAUAACCUUUUGUUAUAUAGGAGUAUCAUGUAAAGCUGCUAAUUGUCUUCAGAAAAAGUGUGUUACUUUGAAGCAGUAUUUAUAAUGGUUUCUGUUGUUAUUUUUACCUGGUACCGUUUGACAUAAGGCCUCUAAUCCAGCAUUGCUUUAUCAGGCUAAACUCCUGUUCACCCUGUCUGAGUUAGAAAUGCAGAAUCCUGCCUUCCAUUUCGAAAUGUUGCACUCUUACAUAAUUCUUAUAUAUUAGCCAAGCAGUUGUCUGUUAUCGUUACAUGUUGUUUUCUCCCAUACUUAUUGUUUGCAUAGUUAAAUUGUUGUAUUCCUAUAUAUCUAUAUAUAUGUAUGAAAAAAUGUAAAACUUGUACUUGUGCCUGCAGUAUGUAUGUGCAGGGGCUGAUUUGAGGGAUGCUGGUCU